CUUGUCCCUUUUCCACACCAAUAAAGAAAGAGUGUGUCGUUCGUAGGUAUGGAGGUUGCCGCCAAAUCGUUCAACGUCGUUGUCGUUGGCGCAGGAGAGAUCAACUUUGGCUCUCGUGAAGGUAGCUGGAACCAUACCAGGAGGCUAGAAGCGCUUCUUGGUCAUCAACUGCUUGUCGUCGCCCUAGUCGAUCCCAACUUGGAGCGGGCUCGAGGCAGAAUCGCCGACAAGCGAGCGAGCCAGGAGAGACAUGUUGCUGCCGCAUGGGCUGCUACCGAGGCGUUCGCCGACGUGGCAUCGGCCGGCCACUGUCUUACGACCGUCCCUGGCCGCAACAUCGAUCUCGUGGUCCUUGGUUGUCCUCCCCACUUUCGUGGGACGACGCUCAAAGGCAGCGACACUGAUGUCGAGGCCCUCUCGGUCUUUGGCUAUAGAGCGAGGACAUUUCUCGUUGAAAAGCCAAUCGCUGCCCUCGAUCCAGUCGCGGGCCAGUGCGAGAAAGUCGUCAACCUCUUCAGCGCCUGGCAGCAGCGGUCCCGAGGUUUUGUCGGAGUGGGCUACAUGCUGCGCUACCUCAAAGCCGUCACAAAGAUGCAGGAGAUACUCGAGGCCAAUCAGCUCGUACCAACGUGCAUCAAUGCUCGCUACUUUAUGGCUUACCCCGAGGCGCAGAAGCUUGCCUGGUGGAACAAGGCGGCUUCGUGUGGACCGAUAGUCGAGCAGGCGACGCACUUUUGCGACCUUAUUCGCUUCUUUGCCGGUGUUGACAACGAUGCCCUCCUGGAGACGGUCCGGGCCACAGCUGUCGAGCAUAGCGAUGAGGCUGGUCGGCUGUCCAGGCUGGCCUUCGACGAAGAGGCCGCCGUUGCCGCGCAAGACAGGGUGCCUCGAGUCACAACUGCCUUUUGGCGACACCGCCGAGGAACAAUUGCGAGCCUUUGCCAUGGCAUUACGCUUCACUCUGGGGCCUACGAUACCCAAAUCGAGCUUCUGGCCGACGGAUGGGUCAUGAGACUCAAAGAUGCCUACACACGCUCGCCUUCGCUCUCAAUCCGUGGUCCUCACUCGGAGAAGGAAGACAUCGUUACAUUCAAGGAUGACGACCCUUUCACGACUCAGCUCGAGGCGCUCGUCUAUGCCGUCAGAGGUUUGCAAAAACCUGGUCUUCCCUCUUGGCCGCUGAGCUCAUUUGAAGAUGCUUUCAAGACAUAUGAAUUGACCUGGCAGAUCCGCAGAGCUAGCGAGCGGGACCGCUAGUAACAGUGACACAAGCGGCGCCGACAUUGAACGACAGCUUCUGCUGAGCCGGCCACAUUAAGCACAGGCCUUGCAAGACACACUCUCUCGCUGCAGUCAUCACUUCAUUUGAGAUGGGAAGACUGCAGAGACACCUUCCAAACGAUGUCAGCUUUCCGCGUCAGCAACGCGUUGAGUUCUAGUGUAGUCUAUGUCAGCCUUCAAGGUUUUACUAUAGCUGCUUUUACUGUAUCGCUGCUACUAAUAUGAC